UUCACUGAAAGAAAAUAAAAUAAAGUUCGUGCAUCCAAGAUUUCUUGGCAAUAACACUGACAGUUUACGAUUUUUGUGAGUAGAUGCCAUUUUCAUACGGAGUAAGGACGAUAUAUAUAACAGUGACGGCUGUAUAGGACAACAUGUCUGCGCAGUUGGUUGCAACAGCACCUGCCUCCUCCACAGGCCCUAUUGUCCCACGGGAAGGACGCAGUUUUAGGAGGCGUUGCGGAACCUUGUAACAAAAUGGCGUGUCAUGCCUACACUAUAGCAGGCGAUUGCCACUUCUGAACAUGCAUAACGUGUUUUAAUUAAAGGAAUUUUGAAUUUUUCUAAAUUAUAAAAGACAUGUGUGAUCUUCCAUGAUGCCGCAUGGCCCGUGAAGCUUCGAUGGCGAAGUGGUUAGCGCACUUGCCUUUCACCUCUAAGGUCGCAGGUUCAAAUCUCAGUGAGCAUUUCUCAAUGCAACUCGAACCCAGUCCUCAUGUGAAAAGAGUAAAAGUCAACGCUCUGCCGAAACUCGUGGGUUUUCUCCAGGUACUCCUAUUUCCUCCCACAGGGAAAGUUGACAGGGUGGGGUUAGGUAAAAGGACCCACAGCAAUUGGCAUAUGCUGUUGUGGUGACCUUGCCCUAGUUGGCAAAGCUAAAUAAAAAAAUAAAACAACUGAAAUGAAGCUUAAGACUAGAGUUAACAGUGAAGAAUAACCUGUCCCGUCCAUGACUUAAUUAAUCACUUAAUUAAAUGAAGCGAAUUAAUUCAGUCAUAGACAUUCGGUACCAUAUUGUUAUCUAAUAAAGAGCAAAAUGUUUGGUUCAUCUAAAAUUACUAUAUAUCGGUUAGGGUUUUGUGGAUGGAAAAUUGUCGAUUGUAAAUUAAAAACUUUAUUAGACCUAACGAGGAACAGCUGGGGAAAAAUGCAACUGUAUAUAGGUCCCUGGCAGGAAUCGAACCUGCGGCCCUGCAAUUCCGGUGUAGCGCUCUAACCAACUGAGUUGCAGGAUCCAGUUUUCGAGCUGGAUAACCACAAGUUCAAAUGUCAAGAUUUUGUUGGCAUCGUAUUCAAUCGAGUGAGAUGUCAACGAAAUCUUGAUAUUUACUAUAUAUCAAAUAGAAGAGAUUCCAGAAAAUGCCUUUGAAAAUAUCAGAGUAAUCGAGUCACUGUAAGUGUUUUCGCAAAGUAAUUCCAUAUAUUUGUAAAAAAUUACUGGGGACCAAAUGUCUCUUCUCGCCAUUUUGGUUUCAAUAAUUUUUUGAAAUCCUUAUAUUAGUCAAAUUACAUCCACUGAAAUUGCAUUCUUUCUAGAGAAAACGUUUUCGGCCAAGAAUAGGAAAUAAAAAGAAAUAUUUUUUGCGGCACCGCAAUUUUUUUUUUUGCAUUCUUUGUAGUGAUUUGUCUAUGAACCGGCAACUCACAACCAUUCCAUUUGGUGGCAUUAGAACCUUGGCUCGCUUGAAACAACUGUAAGUAGAAAGUAAUUGAGAUUUUCGUAAUUUAGCAGCAGGUAAUCGUAAAACAUGCAAAACUUAGGUAUGUUCUUAGUGCACACUAUUCGAAUUUGGUUGAGCGCGCAGGAAACAUGCACAAUAGCUUGAAAUUGAUGCCAACGAUGUAAUCCGUUGGAAACCGCUAGUUUUCGUUGACAACCAAGAAAUUCGCGAGUGAUAUUUUGAUGUUUUGCUCAAAUAGUAUGCUAGUAACUAUUAUUCGCCAAAGAAGAACUGCUUGUCUGUUAUAUCAGGUUUUUGUUGGUGUCGAAGUGACAAUAAGGUCAUGGUCGUGGCUAGCUAAAGGGGAUGGACUAGAGGAAGUUCGUUUUCUAUGCGAAUUGUACACUACUAUUAGCAAUUUGUAAUCUUUUGUAAACUGUACAGUUGAAAGUUUAGAGGUAGUUAUUUUUAUCAAAACCGUGGAUGCUUCCUCUCGCCGGAAAAGGGUGUGUCAUGUUUUUGUGUCAAAACAUUCAGGAAUGAUAAAUACAUUCCUAUAACCUAUUAUUGUUAAAAUAUGAAAUUAUAUUUCGUUUAUCAAUACAAUUUCUUGAGGACCAAUCACAUGUACUGUCACGUAGGCAUUCCCACGAUGUUGAAAGUGGAUCGCAUUCCUGAAUGGUCUGACGCGAGUACAUUCCACGAUAUUUCAAUCUCGGGGGCAGUGGCGGAAACUUUGCGAAACUUUGGGAGUGCGAGUGCCAAAGGCACGAGAUUUGCGAGAGCACAUUUUGUAAGAAAUUCCAGGUUUUCAAAACAUUAAGUUAAUAUAUGGUGCAUUUUGAUAUAAAUCAUAUGGUAAGCAUAAAAAAACAGUAACCUGAACUUGCAGUACGGUACGUAAUAAAUAUCUAAACCAGAGAAGUGAAAGAACACCUGAAAAUUCCUACCUAUAGAAUAGAUACUGUAUAGUCCGUAGUCAAUUUGAUACAAUUAAUUGCUAUUGUUUUAUGAACACUCGGAAGAUACUCUAUACAGUAUUAUAUAUGCAUGUAUAUCAUAAAUUGUAACUGCAUGGACACAAUUAAGGUUACAUUUAUUGGUAUUGUCUCCAUAUUGACUCUGCAGAGUCAUGGUCAUGACUCUGGUCAAGGCAUGCCUUGCUUAAAACCGAGUGCGAACGGGCGAAGAUUCUAAUUGCUGCCGGAAAGAACAUCGAUCCUGAGCUGUACCCCAACUUAUUCAAGGUGAUCGCCAUAUCAAAGACCUUGCCAGUUGGUACACAACCGUGGAAAGAUCGAAGCUUCAGUGUUAUGAACGGAUAUUGAGCUGGGCUCGUAAUAGCUUAGACAGUUCGUUGGCCAGUGACUUUAUGUUGCUAUCCAUGAAUAAAGACCUGUUAAAAAGGAUAAACUUGGACAAAGUGUUUGAUCGAUGGGUAAAUCAAAAAUCCCAAAUAGUACAGUUUAAGUAAAGACUUUGUAGCGCAGCUAGCGCUUAAAACUAAUUUAAUUUGACUUUUUUCAGAAUUCAUAACACUGAUCAUUGUGUGACUUGUGAGAUUAUAAAUUUAGAAUACUUUUACUUGUUUUUAGCUUGUUUCUAUUAAAACUUAGCAUUUCGUUGCUGUUGUUAUUGUUAUUGUAACAAAUAGUGCUUCCUUUAUUGUGCUUUCAUUUUUCAAAAUGAAUUAUGAAAUCUAGCUAAAAUAUAAUUUUAGUAACAUUUUUUGGGGGGCGAUCGCCCCCCUCGCACCCCCUAGUUUCCCCACUGCUCGAGGGUCAAGCAAUAUUAAGCAACCAGGUGAAAAUGACUAAGACGUUGACCGCGGUCAUAUGAGCUUGUAAUAUUGCUUUCUUGAAGUCCUACAUUCUAGGAUUAUUCCGUACUCCCAUCGAUUUUUGUUUUCGUGGAAAACACCACAGUUACAGAGUGACUAUUUGUAUUUUUAGACGUAUUUCAGGCACAAGUAUAACGGUCAUCCCCGAUUUAGCAUUUAAGGAUCUUAACAACUUGGAGGAAAUGUAAGUAGUAUUUACCUGCACUAUAAUACAUUCAAAGACAUGUUGAUUAGCACUGGCGAGCUCGCCAUAGCGACAGGUCAAGCUAUGCAAAUUUUUAAUGAUUCGCAUUAUUCAAACUUUCAGAAACGUAUUGUCUUUUUAAUUAACCGAUUUUGCAUGAAGCAUAGGCGUAGCAUGACCAGUCGCCAUGGCUAGCUCAGCCACUGUUGACCAGGUCAGUGCCAGGCCUUUCAGGGUCGUAACUGGGGUGGAGGGUGUAACACCCCCAAAGAAAAUUCAAGGAAGAGGGACCCCAAAUGCUGGAAUUGCAGAACGUGUUAAAUACAAAGGAAUAUUGCGAAAAUUUAAGGUCGAAAAAGCUCUGAAAAACGUAUUUUUAACACCCCCCCCCAUUAUCUCAAAAAAGAUUUGUGUUGUGUUGUGUUGUGUUGUGAUGUGUCGUGCUGUGCUGUGCUAUGCUGUGUUGUGUUGUGCAUGUUAAUAGGCUGUUUUGGCAAACUUUCUGAGGUAAAAAUUGUUUAACAUUUCGUGAACCAAACCACACUCGUAAAGUACUGUACAUAUUUUUCGCACUCUCAAUGCUCUCCAGACACUGAGAUUUCAUUCCUGUAUUUGCAGAGUACUGUUGGAGCCACAGUCACAUGUCGAGUAUCACAUUGGAAAUAGAAGCUUUGCCUACUUGCCGAGUCUUACCAAACUGUAAGUAACGAACCUUUAGCUUUUUAGGCCAUAGUUCAAGUGGAAAUUUUCGGAUUGCCCAAUUAACGUUUGUAUAACGACCCAAGGAACAUGAAAUGUAGUUUAGGCGUCUAGUUAUAUUUCAUCGUCGAAGAUCUCUGGGAUCAGUGUCUCACUUUUAGGUGAUAUUUCCAUAUACUUGCGAGGAAAUCAUUUAUAAAUCUCCAAUAAUUCGUAAAGUCUCUUGUACACACGUAAGGACAAUAACAAGUUGUUGGAACAAUUUGUAACAAGCCUGAAUUUCUUGUCAACAAGCUAGCUGUCAACAGGCAUAAUUUCUUGUCAACAAGCAGUAUCCUGUUGAUAAUUUUUUGAACAGCGUUGCUACAAAUCUGGUGCAGGUUUGUUGCAACUUGUGCGUUUUUACGUGUGGAUAUUAGGGAGCCGAUAGUACGGAUGAACGGUAACAAAUUAUCUCUUGUCCUGAAACACCAUGGUAACCUCCUUACAGCAUGUGACAGAAGUUAGUCUUUCCUAAUGUAUUUUUAUCUAUUUUUAUAGGACCCUGAACAAUUUUAAACUGGCUCACUUUCCAAAUCUCACAGGAAAUUUCAAACUGGAAGACCUGUACGUAUUUUCAGCAUGAAGAAUAAAAUCAUGCAUUUGAAAUAGACAUAAUAAUUGAUAGGGCAUCACGUAAUAUACGAAUUAUGAUCGAUUUUUAUUUUUUAAACCAAAAUACUUAAAAAAUUUCAUAUUUAAUGUUUUUAAAUGUUUCAACAAUUUUUUGCCUAACCUUUAAAAGUAUUCAUUUACCGCUGACAAGUUUUUUAAAUUAAUUUCUUGAUUUUAUGUUAAGUGUCACAAAAUCUCAGACAUGCAGCUGCAGUUUAGCCAGUAUUUAGAAAGAAAUACAUUAAUACGAACCUUUACCUACAAUAACUGACUAACCUAUUAAAUCGGGAAGUUUAUCCUUUCGCUGCAUUAAUCCUAUUAUAGUUUUCUGAGGAUGAACAGUCUCUGAUUAACAUUCUGUGUUGUCUACGCUAACAUUAAAUUUAGUAUUUGCCAAACAAGACUUGAUCUUAUUAUUAAUAGUUAUAAUUGUGUUUAACUAUAAGCUCGAACUGACUAGCUGAUCUAAAGCCUGGUUUAAACAUAUUUUGUGGGCGAUUUUCUUUUUCACUAGAAAGACGCUGAUGUGUGAACUUGCACACAAAAGUAUUGUUUCCAUGCCACUCAUUCAAUCUGAUCUGCCCGGGGAAAAAAUCGUUGACAAAAAUUGCUAGUGUGAACCAGGGGCCGGUUGUAUAAAACUCUUAAUCACUUUUUUCAUUUAAUCACUUUUUUAAUCACUAUUUUGUAGUUAAAUAGUACUAGUGAUUAACUCGCGAAUACGCGCUUCCUAUUGAAUGACGUUUCCACUACCUAUAGUUAACUUUAAUCACUUUUUUAUACAACCAGCCCCAGUACUUUGAGCAAAUAUUGAAACAGUUGUUGAAACAAUUAUUUUCUUUUCAUUUUAAUUUAGUUAUUUGGACCACAAUGAAAUUAAGGUUUUGCCAACGAAUCUUUGUGACAUUCUACCUAAUUUAUUUGAAUUGUAAGUAUAUAAAUACUACUCUGCAAAAUAUGCAAUGGAAUGCAAAAUAUACAAAAUUGUACAAUAUACAACAUCCAUGCAAUGCAGUGCAGUGCAGUGCAGUGGAGCAACACCGAAGUUUUAAAGGAGCGUAAUACUCCUAAAUAUUGCAUUUUCAUUUGACGUUUGAAUAAUUUUGAAACAGCCUCAAUAUUGAUAUUAAAUUAAUAUACUCUCUCAAGGAAAUCAACAUUUUAUUUUUAAUUUGUAUUCUUUUUAAUUUUGAUCUGUAAUGACUAUUGAGUGAUAAUAAAUAUGUUAUGUUAUCUUAAUUUGACUAUAUGUAAAUAUUGUUUUUCAGAAAAAUAAACAACUUUUCUAUCUUAUAUCUAGGCGUGUUUCCGGUAAUAAUUUAGAAGCUCUUCCCAAGCUAUCAGGUUGCAAGAAACUUGCUAUUCUGUGAGUAAAAAUAUAUUAAUCCUCUCCCCCCCCAAAAACGGUGGUAUUAUGACUUGUCUAAGUGCGAACACUUUACUGUAACUCUAAAAUAAGGAAUCCCAAUUUAUUAAAAUACUAGAAAAUACAUGCAUGCAGAAACCCUCGCCUUGCUACCCUGGAGCCAGAGAGUAUUUAUUUUCGCCUGUUUUGAAUAACCCUCUGGUGAAAUUGGCGUAGUUUUCGGGUUCACAUUCCACACAUAACUUUCAAAAAUGGAAGGAAAGAGUUGAUUGGCUGCUGACUAUAGGUUCGAUAGACUACGUGUUCUGAUUGGAUAUUGUAAAUAUCAUAGCCUGUUCGCAGACGUUUCGUGUUUUGAUUGUUUUGACAUUUUUAAUUAUACGCCCAUGUUGUGCAGAUAUACACGAUUGGCAUUGACCUAUAGUGUCAGCAUAUGGCAAUUUUUGAAUUGGACAAUUUACACCCAUGCGCAUAUUUGGAAACAACUACUGGUGGUUGCAACUGCAAUUGUAAUAGCAUUUAAUUGACGUUUACAAAGCUACACAUCUGAUGUCAUCCUCAUCCAAUUGAAAUGCUUAUGAGUGCAAAGCAGGUUUAUGGUUCAUGAACUCCCAAAAGUGAUGUAAGAAAUACUUGUGUUUCAGGGUAGUUGAUAGCAAUAGGAUACAAAGCUUCGGGGAUUCCCUGAAUGGAUUGAGCUCAAUUGUUGAUAUGUAAGUAAACAACAACCGCUGUAUGCGUUAAUAUUAUAAUAAUUAAUAUUUAUUCAUGUUAUUUGUUAAAAUCAUGAAUGCCUAUCUAAUUUACAGUAUUGUAGUCACAUCACUUUUUUAUGUAAGAAAAAAAUCAAAAUGACUGCUAAGUUACUUUUUCAAACCACGUUGGCUUGUUUUUCCUGAGAUAUUUAACUAUGCUUGAUACGCAAGUUGUUGUAAAUUUCCAGGAACUCAUGCAAUAUAUAUGUCUUUAGAGUGGGUAUAAUUUGCAUAUCAAAAUUUUAAUAUCUCAAGAGCGAAGCAAGCUAUAAUAAUUUGGCAAAAUAUCUCAUUUGGUCAAUUUCAAUUUUCUUUACAUGCAAUGCAAUCCUUACGAUUUAAUAGACGGUAAAAAACAGAGACAUAUACACAAAAGUGCUAGGAAUAUAAACUAAGUAAUAAAAGUCUGACUGCCCGCCAUUUUGUUCUAGGGCUAGGUUCUGUUCUGAAAGCUUGUGGUAAAUUAUAUAUCCAGCGCAACUACCCAACAUAUUUGCAAAAUAUUUAUGAACAAUCGAGCUAUAUUGCUAGGUUGUGAUGUCAUUUGUAUGUUGUUCAUGAUGGUAUUUUUGUGACGGAUGUUUAGCUCUUGUAUUAUUAACAAAUUACGUGUACAUGCAUGUAAACUAUAAACUUUUCAAUUUUAUUGUCAUAGAUCUGCAAAGUACAAUAGGAUUAAAUCAAUCGAAGAAAAUGAUUUUAAAGGACUGACACAACUGGAUAAACUGUAAGUAUGGUAAAACAUGACCUUGAAUCUCUCAGUAAUAUUUUAUAGGAAAAGAAAAAAAGGAAAUCACGCACCUUGCAUUUGUUAUCCUGUACGACACGAACGAGUAUGUUGUCUAUAGCUUGUGAAUCAUUUUUAUUAACGUGCACGCACGUUGCAAGCAAGCUCCCAAAGACCUCCCAAAGUUUGUGUCGCAAGACGAAAGCGCUGGUCUGAAAUUAAAAUGAAUCGAUUAAGUUUUUGUUGUGUUAAAAGCCGGAAGGCAGAAAACCCUAUAAGAGACAAACACAUAUAUAAGUAUAUAACAUCAUUAUUGUAAAAUUUUUUUGACUGGUUUAUAUAUCAAAAUAGUGCGGUUGAGUGGUAUUUUAACGUUUUAAGGCCGUUUGAAAAUAAUAGUGAUAUAAGAUGAAGUUUUUUCUUACCUGCUUGCACUUAAUCUAGGUUGCUUGAAGAAAACAAAAUAUCAAAUAUUCAUAAGAAUGCAUUUUCUGAUUUGACGAACCUCAAAGACCUGUAAGUAUAUUAGUUUAGCAUAUAUAACUAUUAAUAUAUUAAUGCUCCAAAAUAUUUGAAUAGGUAAUCAUGCGGAAAGGAGUGCAAUUCGUGAUUAACACCACGAGUGAUUUUUGAAAAAUGUGCCAAAAUUCCACGAGCCGCCUUCAUUUAUUAUUCGUUUCGCUUUAUUGAUUAUUGAAUAUUAUCCGGCACUGAGGAUUUAAUAGUACAUGUAUUCCCAGUUAAGCAAUGGUGAUGGCUAAAGGGGAUGGAUUAGAGGCAGGUUUUCAAGAUGACCGCCAGUUUUUUAAUGUCAUUAUGAUGUAAAAGAGUCAAUAACUAGCCAUUUGCAACAAUACUAAACCUGACCCUUACCGUCACCCCACACCUAACCGUAAUCCUAACCCCCACACUAACACUGAUUCUUUGUUUGCAAUGACGUAAACUUGGAAUAUCAGUUGAUGGGCACCUAUAACAAAAAGAAAACUAUGGCUAUUUUAAUGUAUUGAUCAAUUUCAGAGUCUUUUGUUUCUUUUGCUUAUACAAAUGGAAAUUAUUGGGGGGGGGGAGGACUCAGCCCCCGCUUCCGACGGCCUUGCCAAUUAAAUAUUUGUUAAAAUUUGAUUGCUGGAUUGAUUUCGAUUGUUUUUAGAAUUCUGACGGACAACAACUUUCCAGAACUGCCAACUCUCGGCCUUGUAGCAGUGGAGACACUCUCUAUUAAGGGAAACUCAAAACUCAAAAAAUUCCCAUCUCCAAGGCAUCUACCAAACAUCAAAAUUCUGCAUCUGUAUUAUCCAUAUCAUUGUUGUGCGUUCUUAAAUGCGAGGAAAGGGAUAUAUAAUAAUAAUAACACAACUCUUAACAUAACUCUGGUAAGUAUUGUGCAAUUAUUGUAAGCCACUCAAAAUAUCUUUGGGGAUUUUUAUGCACUCGAAUCUUCCUAAUGCGCGCACCGAAGAAAUAAAGGAAAAUUUUUUAUAUCAGGAAGUGUGAGAGGUGUCCUUAUAUGGAGAUUAUUUUAAACUGCUACUGCAACGAAAUUUUCGACCCAAAAUGUUCCAGCUUAAUAAAUAAAAGUGCUUUCCUUCCUGACCUAUUUACCGCAAACAGAAUUGAAAUGGCAUGGUGGCCAUGUUGGUGCCAAAUUCAAAAGAAGUUAAUGCGAUUCUCUUUGUUGAAAGGGAACAAUAUGGCCGUCGCCCACAUCAUUGCAAAUCAGGAAUUGAGACCCAAGAGGUGUUACUGAAAUUCGAAAUUACAGCAAACAUUGCAUCGACAUCGCUUUAGUCGAAAUUAGCAGUUUGUAAUGUUAUUUGAAAAAUCUUCAAACAUGUAUUACAAUAAUGAAAUUGCUUAGCGCUCAUUAUUCCUGAAAUUCAGACCGCGUCGUUGAGCCGGCCGCGUGAAGCUCUCUAGUGAAACCAACAAACGCGGAGACGAAGGCCGUUUAUGACAGUUCUAACUUUGAUCAUUACACGAAUUCUGAACGGUCUGGAUGACUACCCAUACAUCUAUUUUCCAACGAAGAAACAGAUCCACAGAGUGAGAGAAAGACCGUAAAUUUUGUCCGUAAACGUUGGCUGGAUUUUCACGCAUCUGCAAACCUAUAGCUGCCUCGUCCCCAGUCGCUUGCUAUCAAAUAAUUAAUUAGUAAUUUUUUUCGUCUUCCCAGCAUGCAUCACAACAGAUUUGUUCAGCCACCGAUCUAUAUAUUAAACUGAUAUGUCUAUAUAUACACUGAUCUGUAAAUAGUAAGGGCCUGCGGAGGAGGCAGAACCUAUAGUGUUGUGAUUGAGUCGUGCUAUAUCUUAUUUUGACGAAAUCUCGUAAAAUGGAAAGAAUACUGAAGGAAUAAACUGUUUAUACAAUUUACGUGGGUAGAAUUGUUCCUCCGGCUAAAGUACAACUAACAGAUGCAAGGCAAAUAAUUCAGCUUAGCGAGGUAAAAGUUAAUAUGUUCGCACAUGCACAUGGUGCAUUUUAAUAUUUUGCCCAGUUAGUCUAAAGCGUUUAACAUUUCUUAUGUUUAACACUUCUUAUGGUUGUAAAAAGAUCUCCUGUUACAGUACGUUAGUUUCUUGUCCAGAGCAUCUUGAGGUUAAAAUAAAGACGACAAUUCAACAUGCCUUGACCAGGGGCGGAUAAGCAACAUCGGUGUUACCGGGCUUUAACUUAAAAGCUCCCCCCCCCCCCUGGUGACGUCAUGACCAAGCGGAAUAUCAGCGAGUUUUCUUUUUCUGUGACUUACAUUAUAAUCAAGUUAUAAAGAAAAAUUAUAUUUCUAUAAUAUUAUAUAUAUAAAGAUAAUCAUUACCAAAUAUUAGAUUUCAUAUUAUCAUACUGUAUACAGCUUGCAAUUUAUGCUUCACUGCAAUAAAAGUCUUUUCUUGGCAUGUUUUUAAUAUAUCUUUCAGUAAAAGUUCAUUUAAAUUAUUGAACUACAAAUUUAAUACGAUCGACUGGCGUUAUUCAUAUAAUUAUGUAAUCGAUUCGUUAUUGCCAUGGUUUCCUGCCUCCAGCGAGCGGGCGUUCAAGCUAUUUCCAGGCCCUUUGAUAAAAAUUCAAGGCCAAGGAUAAGCUUCUUCCCAAUUGAACUAAUUAAAUCUAUUUUAAUACAAAAAUAGGGGCCCAUUUUUUGUACAAAACUGGGGGCCCACCGGACGAUCGCCCGGUACCCCGGUGGGCUAAUCCGCCCCUGGCCUUGACCUAUACUGUACUCUGUAGAUGAUAGUUUUAUUGAAAUCGGCAAGAGAUUGAGAGAAACGCGAUGCCAUUGGAGUUGUAUAUUCAUAUUAUAAUACAUAUUGCGUAGUAUAAAGUAACAAUACUAACAAUAAAUAUGAUAAUAUACAAUAGUACAAUAUUGUGCUGGUAUGCUGUUAGGCCACAUAAAAUAAUAUACAAUAGUACAAUAUUGUGCUGGUAUGCUGUUAGGCCACAUAAAAUAAAUUCCUUGAUUCUCGUCACUAGACUUUGAAAAUGUCGAAGAGCCGGGAGGUUUAUAUUUUAUAUUUAUAUAAUUUAUCAUUAAUAACUGAUAAAAAAAUAAUUCCUAACAUUUAAUAUUUCUGUGAUUUUCAAAGUGAAGUGUCACAAACCAAAAUGAACAUAUUUCUCCACGAACAAUGACUGAACCCUUGAACUGAAUGCGAAGUUCCGUUAAAAUGCAAUGAAAUUUCUUUCAAGGUUCUAUUUAUUUGAAAUUGUCAGUUUAAAAUGGCACUAUAAACCCAAUUUUAAAUAUAAAAACUUUGACUGUCUUGAAAUAUUUUGUCGGGCGGUUCAUUUAUAUUGUAUAACAAAAUAUAAAAAAAAUUCACGCGGCUCUUAAAAUACAGUCGGGCGGUGAUGAGAAUCAAGGAAUUUAUUUUAUGUGGCCUUAUGUGAGAAAUAUAUUUCUAUCCAACUUAACUGUAACUACUUUGAAUAUUAAUAUAAUUUCCAAAUAUUACAUUAUAUAUUGUAUAGUUAUAUAUUUAUAUUCCACUUGUGUUGUACAUAUUGUGGCUAAAAUUGGACUCGAUGAUUAACCGACACAGUCACAAUCAGCAUAAUCCAACUACAGUCGACAACUGUCCUGCUGAAACUAAAUAAAAAAGUAGUAAAUGUAGGAUAUUUUGUAAAUAAUUUGAACAAAAAAUUGUACAUUUUCGCCUCGUUUUAGACGUGUCAAACUGCACUUUAGUAUAACCAACUUCUUGUAUAACAUUGAAAUUGAAGAUUUGUACAAUAAAGACUUCAUUUUAAAGAAAUUAUAAUAAUACAAGAAACUGUUUUCCAAUCCAAGUAAAACUAUAGCCGUCAAGAGAACCACAGCCCAUAAUUGCCAACAAUGCCUAUCUAAAACAAAAUCAAAAUCAUUUUGAGUAUUGCAAAUAGGCUAUGAAUAUGCUUGUGUUUAUAAAGCUUAUUAUUUUAUUGUCACGCACAAUCCUGUUUACAAUAAAUAUAAAGCCACACGCACCAGAUGUGUUCAAGCAAUCAGACACAAUACAGAGCACUGAGGCUGAGCACAAUACAAUGAUACACAUGCACAAAAAAUGAUCUACUUACCACUGAUUUUACAGGUAUUGUACCGUCGCUUGAUUGAUUGCUCCAACACAGAUGGUAGUUGCCUACUGCAGCGGCGUUAAUGUCUCUAUCACUUCUAGUGAAGCUGUUAGGCAACUGGUUCAUCAUCGUAUGUCAAAGCCUAGUCCAUGCAUACUCGAAGUUGACUUUCAGAUGCAGUACUGACUCUAUUAUUUGAGUCGCUAACCGUCAUACUGCCGUCAAAUAUACGAUAAUAUAUAGCCCUUUUUAUUCUAUUUUUAAGACAUUAGUUAUCUGCGCAAAAAAUAAGUGAAAUAUGCGAAAAUCCUACUCCGAUCAAAUAUGGCAUUCAUAUCUCCGUUUCCGUUCAACUUAUUAUGUCACACUGCAUCAAUAUGGUGGCGGGAAAAGUUUGCACGCGAUAACCAACUUCAGAGGCCAAAUUCGUCGACUUGUAGACAUUGCAUGCGAUCAAAUAUAUGUGAAAAUGCUUCUAAAAGACUGAAUUUUUAUUUUAAUCUAAAAAAGUAGGUCCUAAAAUUCGUUGCAGUAGCAUUUAAAGAAAAUUAAGAAAACUGCGUGUUUCGCUAUAUAAGAAAAGGAUUGAUUCUAAUAAAUAUAGGUCUUGUUGAUCCUAACGAAUAUUUUUCCUAAUUUGCAUAGUGUUUGUUUCUAUUUUAGAGUAACGGGGACCAAGUGUUUAGUAAGUGGAUUUGGUUGGCAGAUGACCUCGAAAAUAUGACGUCAUUUGAUCCCGAAGAUAUUGAUUCGUCCACCUAUGAAGAUACGUCACAACCAAAGACUUCUCCACACGAUGAAGACAUUUUAAAUAAGAAAAUUAAAUGCACUCCAGAACCGGACCCAUUCUUCCCGUGCGAGGACCUUAUGGGAGACUGGGUACUACGAUGUGGAGUUUGGAUCGUAUUUGUACUUGCACUAUGUGGAAAUGCUACAGUUAUUAUCGUUAUUCUUGCUAGUCACACGAAAAUGGAUGUCUCCCGAUUUCUGAUCAGUAAUUUAGCGUUCGCGGAUCUUUUCAUGGGAAUUUAUUUGGGUUUCUUAGCUGUUGUGGAUGUCUCAACAUUGGGGAAUUUUAAAAGUUAUGGCGUUGAAUGGCAGUUGGGUCCUGGUUGUCGGACUGCUGGAUUCCUUGCUACUCUUUCCAGUGAACUCUCAGUGUUCACGCUAACAGUGAUUACAGUGGAACGGUACAUUGCUAUAAAAAACGCGAUCCGUGUAAACCGAAAACUACAAUUGAAAACCGCAGUCAUAGUUAUGAUUUUUGGAUGGGUGUUUGCUCUUGUCACGGCAACGCUUCCUUUGCUUGAAGUCAACACUUAUGGAAAAUUCAGUGUGUGUUUGCCGUUCGAAACUGAUGAUAAAAAAUCCAUCGUAUUCCUGGUAUUUUUGCUCUGCCUUAACGCUGCAGCUUUCAUUGUGAUCCUAUUCUGCUAUAUCCUAAUGUAUUGUUCAAUUCGUGGAUCCAACGCGUGGAACGCGAGCGAUUUUCGUGUGGCAAAACGUAUGGCAUUAUUGGUAUUCACUGACUUUGCAUGUUGGGCUCCAAUAGUGUUUUUCUCCCUUACGGCUACCUUUGGUUCAUCCAUUAUCAACUUAAGCCAGGCGAAAAUUUUCACCGUGUUCGUGUUUCCACUUAACAGUUGUUGCAAUCCUUUCCUGUAUGCGAUAUUUACUUCCCAUUUUAAAAAAGAUCUUCUGGCAAUAUGUAGAAGAGUGGAAGAUAAAUAUCCUUUCCUCAAAAUCACAAAGCAACGAAUGUCGUUCAGCCGUCGCAGUUCCUACAGCGGAGCUGUUUCCGAGAAUCCGAAUAUAUACCUUCGAGUUCGCAGAUUUUCAUUGCCUGUAUUUGCAAGAGGAUUCAACAAUUCAAUAACAACGAAUGGUAGGGGCUCAGAUUCAUCAAAUUCUAACAAAAUUAGUUUGGAUACAAACCCAAUUGGACAUGAUGGCAAUGACCACUUAUUAACAGAAAGAGUGACUUCGGUGUAGGAAGGUUAGUAGGACGACGUACUAAUUGUUUACCGACCGAUGCUGUCGUAUAUCUUCCAUAUUUAAUGAAUACGUUCACGGGCGAAACCUAAUUGACGCUGAUGUGAUGGAACUGAACAGAAAUUUACCAGCCACAUUGACUGCAAGUAUCGUUCUAAUCCAUCUUUCCUUUGUGCUUUCACAACGAUCCAACUUAGCUCUCAAAUCCUCGUGCAUAUUCUUUAUCAAUUUAAUUAGUGAACUUCUUUACAGAUUGGCUGUGGUUAUUAAAUGGGACUGGAAAACUGUGUGCCAGACGUUUUCACUCUGUGGUGAAAAAGGGGGUAGUAGUACUACAAUAUGAAGCCACAGUUCAUCUAUUCGUAGAUAAUAACUAUUUCGGCACAAAUAAAACCCAAACAGAACCGAACCGUAUCAGGUAUACAACAUUUUUACGCAUGAAAUAUGCGUAGUUGGGCGCUACUGUGAUAAAUGUCUAAAGAAACUAAUGAUUAUUAGACUAUGCGCAGACAGUAAUCUAUCCAUGAUGCAGUCGAUGGCUCAGAUGAUGGCAACGAAGCAAGUAUACCAGAUUAUUUGAUUUAUAUACUCCAAGCAGGUGAGACAAUUUACUAAUGCAAGUGAAUGAUAAUAUAUGCCAUAAGCAAGCAAAAGAUGAACAAAACUUGAAGUAUCAUCCAAAAACUUUUUAUGAAUUAAAACCCACUCCAAUAACAUUUGUCCUAAUACAGUACAGCUACUACAUGCAACAGAACCUAUCCUAAAUUAUUUAUAGAGUAUGUACAGUGUAAAUAUUGAAUUGUGGAACAAUUUUACGUUAACUUAAUUACUGAAUUUUUGCAAAGACGGACAGCCAUUAUUUUGUAAGAAAAGGCGUUUGUAGUAUGAAACAAAAAUAUUCCAAUGUCACAUAUCUUAGAAUUGUACUGUUCAAAUUAUUUUCCUCAAUGAGCAGUAUAAAUUUAAAUAGAAAGUAGGGCCAGUAACUUUCGUGAAGGGAUGUAUAUUUCAAUGCCUUGAAUAUACAUGCAUGCCUGCUUUAAAACCUAUUUGUUGUUUGAGAAAGAUCUUUCUCGGAUGCUGCACACUGACCGACAAAAUUAGCAAAACUACAUGUUUGAAAUUGUGAAGAAGCUUCUGGAAAAAUCUAGAUAAAUGACAAUGUGACAAUGUCUUGUUAUUUAAUCUGAUCUGAUGACUUGCCUGGAUCAAACGAGGAUAAGAGUGAAUAAGAGAUGGCAGUCACCUGGAGCCUUGGGUAGCUGUUCUUAACAUUUAUUAAGGUUACAGGACACCCUUUUUUGCAUUUUGUGGAAAAUCGUUACUGCGCGCUCAAUAUCAGUCCGAUUUUCAUCAAAUUUUCACCAAAUGUUAGCAAGUGCAUGCAAAAUAUGAUGAAGUUGUAAAAUUGACAAACAAUAGACUAAUGUAAGAAUUAUUCAGGAAAAUCUUAAGUCGCGGUACCUUUACGCUUUUGAGUUAUGUUCCUGCUGGUUUUAAGAUUUAUUUAUGAAAAUAUCAUUUUUAUACAGUAAAAUAGUUGUUCUAAAAAACUGUGUUCGGAAAUUUUUGUUUAUUUCGUCAUUCCGCUGAUAUGGCGAUUUCUUUGACGACUGCAAUAUAUUUCUGAAUUGUUUGAGUGAAUUGCUCUUUAUUAUUAAAAUAUCCAAAAUUUUAAAAAAGCCGAACACAAUUUUGAAACUGUCGUCUUUAGCUAUGUCCUGUGAAAAUUUGAGAAAAAUUCGUUAAAACCCGCAGGAGCACAACUCGCUUGAAAAUCAGUAAUUGCCGUAAAUUCUUCGGGAGAAAAUUGAAUUUGAAUAUUACAUGUUCAAUGGUUUUCUUAUUGCAAGCGAAAUGUAUUUUAUUAAAUAACUCUGCGAGUUUUCAACAUUUUUCGUCCAAACUUGGUCAGAUACUGUAGUAGAACUAAUCUAAUGCUUUCAUGCAAACCAAUAAAAAAAUUUUAGGCAAAAUUAACACUCAAAAGUGUUCUGUAACCUUAAUGCUUUCCUAAUGCAAUCAUGUAUUGUAUUUAAGUUAGAACAUAGUUGGGCCACCCAUCAAACCUUUAUUUUGUUAAUUUAGAACUUGAAAUAUCCACGUAACAAUGGCUGACUUGCCAAUUUUCGUCAACUCUCAUCCUGGUUUGACCAGGGCUUAACAGAUCACAUUAUAAAAUCUACUCAAUUGUUGUCAUUAUCAUGCAAUCUCAAACGUAUUCAUAAUUAAUGAUAAAUUAGACAACCAUAUUGCUUUAUUUUGCUCAUAUGAUAAUACUGGAUACGUGGUGAAGUGUAUUGAUCCAGUCCUUGGACCCGAUCAACAUUUAUUCACCUCACUUUAAGAUUUAUUCGUGUGAGAUAUAAUUUAGACCAACGCCAAUGUUAUCUGCCGAAUAUGUGUAUUUUACUGGCCCUCCUUAAUCUAGCUAGUUUUAGAACUAAAUAAAAAAGUAGUAAAUGUAAGAUAUUUUGUAAAUAGUUUGAACAAAAAAUUGUACAUUUUCGCCUCGUUUUAGACGUGCCAAACUGUACUUUAGUAUAACCAGCUUCUUGCAACAUUGAAAUUAAAGACUUCAUUUUAAGAAAUUAUAAUAAUACAAGAAACUGUUAGUGACAUA